AUGGAUAUCGGAGGAAUGUUUUCGGCCUUGACUGGCCAGGGAGGUGUCAAAAUUGAUAUUCGGUUGACGCCUCAAAAUGGUGUACUUGCUAUCCCACUGGAACAUUAUCCCAGUUGGAAACUACACAGAAAUCCUUUCUGGAGAGUGAAGCAUCCAAAUGCCGCCAAACCUGCCAGUAUUGCACCACUUGGACCGUAUGGAGAAAUGCAACAACAAGAACAAGUGUAUGCAUACGAAUCACAUCAAGAUAUUGCCGGGGUUGUCACCUUGAAUCUUGCACCUGGAAAGAAGGUGGAGCAUUUGGGAAUCAAGGUCCAGUUCAUUGGGCGCAUUGAUACGGGUUUUGGAUUGAAUGAAGGCCGUCCGCGAUAUGAUUUUAUUAGUUUGUCGAAGGAGUUAGCACCACCCGGGAUCCUCUACCAGCCACAGAUUCAAAUUCCUUUCAUGUUUCGGAAUAUGGACAAAGAGCACGAAUCUUACAGAGGCCGCAAUGUCGCUGUGCGUUACUUUGUGAAGGUUGUAAUGGAACGAAAAUUUUUGCCGCCUCUCAAAAAAGAGCACGACGUUUGGGUCCAAGUAAUGGGGCGACCACCAGCUCAAAAUGAAGCCAUCAAGAUGGAAGUAGGAAUUGAAGACUGUCUCCACAUUGAGUUUCAAUACGAACGCCGAAUCUACAACCUUCGUGAUACUAUCUUGGGUAAAAUUCAUUUCCUUUUGGUUCGAAUUAAAAUCAAGCAUAUGGAGCUCGCAGUCAUUCGACGAGAAACGAGUGGUGAGGGCAUGUCCAAUUCAAUGCAAGGAGGCCAACCUGGCGGUAAUGCAAAUGGAGAUGCAACGCAAAAUGUAUUCACAGAAACCCAAACGUUGGUCAAAUACGAGAUUAUGGAUGGAGCACCUGUCAAGGGUGAAGUGAUUCCUGUCAGACUAUCAUUGCGUGGUAUUCCAGCCGACUUGACUCCUACUUUUUCCGCUGUGAACAACCGCUUUUCGGUCCGAUACUAUUUGAAUCUUGUUCUGGUAGACGAAGAGGAUCGCCGGUACUUCAAGCAACAGGAGAUUAUUCUGUGGAGAGAUCAACUGGGGUAG